AUGUCGUUGUCUUCUGGUACUGUUUCGGGUGUGAUAUCCAUCAUUAAUCCCUCCCUAAAGAUUGUGUCUCUCAAGUAUUUAUGCUUGUUGGUCCGGGCCAUUCGUUUGGGCCUGUUUCUCGUGGUACGCCUUUGCUUUUUUGCCCGUAUGACUCGUACUAGGUCUUCUGUGUCUCUCCCUUCAUCCGGCGCUGCCGUUGAUUAUCGUAAUUCUUUAAGUUCGUUCGUCACUAAUAUUGAUAGAGAGUCUUUGGGUGAAAUUCGUGAUGAUUUUGGUAUUCCGGUGGCUUAUUCUCUUUCAGUCUGCGGUGCUCGUAUGAGUGCUAAUGAGAAUGUGGGAGAUGGCAAGGUAAUCGUUUAUAAGGAGCAAUUCCGUUGUGGGCUACGUUUCCCUUUAGAUCCUUUGAUUGAGUCUUUUGUUAAAGACUAUGGGAUUCCUUUAUUGUGUUGCUUUAUUGAGUUAGUCUGUGACAAAGGCCUGUCUCCUUCUUUGGGUAUGUUGAAUGAGCUUUUCUUUAUAACGCGUAGGAGUAAUGAAUUUUAUCAUCGUUUGGCUGCUCAUCGAGGCAAGCGUCUGAUUGACGCUCUGCCAAAGAUUACUAAGCGUUGGCAACGUUCUUUCUUUGUUGUGGGUCACGACAGUGCUUUUGCUAACUUCCCCUGUGAUUGGGUGGAUGAGUCUGAGUCCCUAUCUUUUUCUCCCCUAUGCGUUACUGACUCAGAAGCCCUAGAUUCUUUAGUGGAUGAUGCCCAGUCUCAGUUAUUUGAUUGUUGUGACUUAGUGGAUAGGUACUUGUACCGUAAGUUUCCUCAUAUUGAGUUGCCUCCUCGUACUGUGGUUGAGGGGCCUCUUGAAAGUGAUGGUACCCUGUCCCAGUCUUGCCGUUCUCCCUCACCUCUAUCUUUUGUAGAUUUGACGUCUGCGUCUCAGGGAAUGGGGGAGGACUUUCUUGAUGCCUUGACUUUGACUUUUGAUGAUGAUUCUGCUGUCAUUACUGGGUCUCGUCCUGCGUCCUUGCCUCCUCGUCCCUCUGUCAAGAUUGAGAAGGGCGUUGAGACUGGACUGCCGGCUUCUUCUAGCAAGAAAGGGCGUGAUAUCCGUGAACGAACCAGACAGGGGCUUGCGAAACGCCUUAAGAAGAAUUUAGAUGCCUGCCCCAAUCCUAGAGAGUGGUUGGAGCAGAAUGUUGAGGGGCUGUCAGCUUCUUCUUCUGAGGUGGGUGCUUUGUUUUCUCAAUUUGUGCAAUUUCCGAAGGAUAUGGAAGUUUGGGACAGUUGUACUGGGUCAGGUGCUUGUGACCGGAUUGAUUCUGCCUUGUUGCAGGUAUUCAUUUCUUCUGGUUUCUUUUCUUUGUGACCUUUUAGUGUCUUCUCUUUCCU